AUGGCGCCAAGCCACACGGCCACGUCGGGCGGUCCGGGCAACACGGCCACGUCGGGCGGUCCGGGCAACACGGCCACGUCGGGCGCUUCGGGCACGUUGGGCUCCUCGGGACGGGAGCUGAGCGCGCGACAGCUACGGGGACCUCUAAAUCCAUCAGACUCGCUGCUUUUGCAGUCGGUUAUGGCCUCGCUGCCUGCAGGAGGACGGCCGCGGCCGCGGACGUUGGCAGCGGCAGCGACGGCGGCAGCGGCGGCCGACACGUUGCUGCGGCCUUCGCCACCGCGACAAGCCCCGGGCAGUGGCAACACAAGUCGGCGUGUGGACGGAUGGCGGAGCAGUGAUCGGAGGGAGGAGGCGUAUCUGGCGUCGUUUGCUGCUCUGGAGCACGAGCUGGACGCGGCCGGGCGGGCGGCGGUGUCGGCGGCGGCGGCCCGCGACGAGAUCGCUGCAGCGGCGUUGGACGCUGCUGACGCGGCUGCAGAGCUCCCGUCGGCACUAGCAGCACGCGCGGCAGCGGAGGAGCAGGUUGUCGGCCUAGUGACCCAGGUGACACAGCUCAAGAUGCAGCUGGCCAAGGUCGAGGGCGCGGGCCGGGCCGAGGCGUCCGACCUGCGGGCGAGGCUGCAGGCCGCCGAUGUACAGCUCCAGGUCGAGCGUGAGAGACAGGCUGAGCUCGAGCAUGCUGCACGACAAGCACAGAUGGCGCAGGUGGCGGCGGAGCGCGAGCGCGACGAGCUGGCGACGGAACUGGCAACGAUGAAGGGCGCUGAACAGAAAGACACCGAGGCGGUGACCGCCGAGGCGUCGGCCCGUGAAGCCGAGCUAGCGGCCGAGCUCGCGGCUGUUCGCAACCAGCUAACGGUGGCGCAGCGCGAACGGUGGAUUCUGGAGGAGGACUUGUCGGCGGAGCGGCUGCGGGUGCAGCGGCUGCAGGCGCGCGGCAUGGGUCCGCUAGCAGGCGAAGGCCAGAGAGACGAGCCUGUGCAGGCGGCGGCGGCGCAGGCACCGGCACCAAGCGAUGCGCUGGCGGCAAUGAUGUCGACAGCGGCGCAAGAGCUCAUUGCAGACCUGUCGCGGCAGCUGAGCGCAGCGAACGAGGCCAAUGCUGCGCUACGCCGCGAGGUCGAGGCCGUGCGGAGCCAGGGCGCGUCGUCGAGCGCACUGGCAGCCAAGGUUGCAUCGCUCAAGGAGCACGCAGGAGCUAUGGAGGCCCAUGCAGCAGCAGCGCAGCGCGAACUCUCCAACGUACGGGCGGAUGUGGCCGAAGCGCGAUCGGCAGCAAGUGCGGCUGAGGCUCGCGAGGCCGAGCUGGCGGCGGACGCUGAGGCGCUGCGAGCCGAGCUGGCGGUGGCCCGGUCAGAGCUGAGUGCGGUCAACGCGGAGCGGGUGGCGCACCAAGAGGCUGAGCUGGCGGCGGCUGGUAGCAAGGCGGGCCUCCUCUCGCGCCUCCAAGCGUUUACCGACCUUACUGCCGACUGGCUCCGGGCCGACCGAAGCGAGGGCACGCCGCCACUGGUCCGGACGCUGGACACGGUGGCGGCCGCGCACGAGAGCCUUGAGCUCGCGGUCGAGCGUGCUGCCAACUGCGCGGCGAGUGGCGUCGAGCCCGAUGCCGAGGCUGAGCUUGGAGCGCUGGGGGUAGGCGCGCUACACCUUGCGCAGCUGUACCUUGGCCACAUGCGGCAGAGCUGGCGUGACGCGCAGACGGCAGCAGCUGCGGCCGAGGCGCGGAUGGAGGGCGCGUCUGCGGCGGCUGCCGCCACAGCCAAUGCCAACGCAAAGCUGGAGCGACAGGCCGCCGAGGCUGCGACAGCGGGCACGCGAGCAGACCAGGAGCGAGCUGACGCGCUCGAGCGCGUCGCCCAGCUCCACGCCCAGCUAGAGGCCGAGCGCGAGCGCGGCGCAAGUGCCGCCAGCAAGGCCGCCGAAGCCGAGCGGCGACUGGCAGAUGAGACGGUCCGGCGGGCGGCAGCCGAGUCGCGGGCCGAGGCCGCGACGGUGACUGCUCAGGUCGCGCACCUCGACCUGCAGUCGCGGAUCAAGACGCUGGAGACGCUGCUGGAUGCAGCAAAGGCGGAGAGCGCGAGCAACGGGAGUGCGAGUGCGAGUGGCAACGCGUCAGCGUACGUCGACGCGCUGCAAGCAUCGAAUGCCAAGCUCCGUGCCGCCAACGACCGCGCAACUGACCAAGUGGCGGCGGUGAGCGCGCAACUCGAGGCUGCGGAGCGGGCGGUGGCGGCGGCCGAGGCACGGGCGGCGGCAGCCGAGGCGGCGGCGGCGACGGCGGCAGCCGACGUGGCACGGGUCGAGGAGCGGGCGGCAGCUGCCGAGGCUGAGGCUGCAACCGGACGGGCGACCGAGGCCGAGGUGGUGCGGCUUGUCCGGGUCGCCGCCGAUGCCGAGGCCAAGCUCAAGGCGCAGGCCGAGCGAGUGGUUGAGCUCGAAGCCCAGCUCAGUGCCGCUUCAGCGCGGCAGCGGCAGCUGGAGGGAUCCAAGCACCGGUUGGUGACGGACAUGGAGGAGCUGACAUCAUCGCUGGCGGCCCAGGAGGCGUUUGUCAAGGACGCACAGAGCCAGAUGGAGAUCGAGCGGCAGCGUGCAGCCAAGCUCGCCGAGGCGCGGCGGCAGCUCGCGCAAUCGAACGCAUACUACGGGCGUGAAGCUGCUGGACUUCGGGCCUCGCUCUCGCGGGGCUCGUAGCUUCGAGGAGUAAAGCUUAAAGGCUAGGCUGCA